UUCUUUCUCUCCCGGCCCUCGAGUCUCUCCCAUGUUAAAAAAUGUCCCAAUGCUUUUCAAUGUUUUUUUAAUUGGCCAUUUCACAUUUCUCAUAUAUUUUAUUCCCAAUUUGCUUCUUUCCUUUCCUUCUUCUUCUUCUUCCUUCUUUUUUAGUUUGCCGUCCAAUCUCAACACCUUUGACGCUCUCUCCUUGUUGUUCCAACAACAACAACAACAAAAACCCUAUCUCUUCUGACUUCUCUUCCCCCUCCUAAAACCACCGUGUAUUUUGGUUUCCCGGUGAAACGUUCGAUAUCUUCCACAGUCUUUUUCUUUUUCCGGUGGUUGACUAUUGACCUACUGCAAUCUGAACGAAAUAGUAAGAGAACGGAUCAAUCAACCAAGCUCUCCACAAAUUCAACUUGAUAAUUUUUCCUCUCUUCUUAUUUAUCUUCUUGAUCGUCUCUUUUCUCUGGAUUCAAUGACGGGAUUUGGUUGAAACGACGAUACAAUAUCCCCCCCAAGCAAAGUUGCGGUUAUUUCAUUUCCUUUUCCAUUGAUCUGUGUGUGCUUUUUUUCAAAUCAAACGAAAAAAUGCCUCACCGGACUACUUACUUCUUCCCGAGGCAGUUCCCCGACCGUGGCUUCGACUCCUUUUCUCAUAAGAAUGUUCACCACGAGAAGAAAACUUCGUCCAACGUUGGUGAGAGUUUCGGAUUCGAAAGGGAUAAUAAAUCUAAUGGACUCGGCGACAAGGACAAGGAAACAACUGUCUUCUCAUCUAAUCCUCUGCUUUCUAAAAGCUCUGCAGUUUCAGAUCUUUUUAGCGAUGACGAUCGCAAGUCUAAGCAACUAGCCGCUUUCUAUGAGUGGUUGGCCGAGAAGAAGGCCAAUUUAUCUCGCUCUGCCGCUACUACUGGACGCGUUAAGCCUACGCGCCUCUCUAUGUCUAGCGACGCCGAUGAGGAGAGAGAGCUUCUGUUGUCUCAGGCUGAUCCGCUUCCCGCUGCUGCUACUUCCCCUGAUUCCAUCAUUGUGGCUUCGUCUUCUUCUGCUCGAGCGAUUAGCAUGAAUGAACGGAACAUUGAUCGGAGCUUUGAUAGGGAGGUUUCGCUUCCUCGACUGUCUAGUGAGAGCAGCUUUGCCGGGAGUUUCUUUUCCGGGACGACGGUUGACGGUAAUUUCUCCAAUUUCUCGAGUCCCACAGACGCAAGGGAAAGUUCGACCACCACGCGUGUCUCUGUGACCAAGGAGGAAGGAGAAGUUGAGGUCAGGGAAGAGGGCAAAGAGCAAAGCUUAGCGCAGAAGUCAAAAGAAGGCUAUUACUUGCAAGUCACGCUUGCUAGGAGGUUAAGCUCCCAGGCUAACCUGGCCACUGAGUUGGUUCAUACACAGAGCACUGAAACUGUCUCCUACCGUUUUUGGGUAAGCGGUUGUUUAUCAUACAGUGACAAAAUAUCAGAUGGAUUUUACAGCAUACUAGGGAUGGAUCCGUAUCUUUGGUUGAUGUGUAACAAUUCCGAAGAAGGAAAACGACUUCCAUCUCUUUUGUUACUAAAGGGCACUGAGCCGACUGAUACAUCAAUGGAAGUGGUUUUGUUUGACAGACGUGAGGACUCGCGACUUAAAGAACUGGAGGACAAGGCACAUGAGCUGUAUUGUUCUUCUGACAACAUGUUACUGCGCGUGGAGAAACUUGGUAGACUUGUUGCUGUUUAUAUGGGGGGAAAUUUCCAGAUGGAGGAAGGUGAUCUUCAGAUACGAUGGAAACUAGUUAGCAAUAGACUCAAGGAAUUUCGGAAGUGUAUCAUUCUUCCUAUAGGUAGUUUGACGAUGGGCCUUUGCCGGCAUCGUGCCCUCUUAUUCAAGAAAUUGGCUGAUUGCAUAGGUUUACCAUGCCGGAUAGCUCGAGGUUGCAGGUACUGUAAAGAGGGCCACCAAUCUUCUUGCCUUGUCAAGAUUGACGAUGACAGGAAGAUUACAAGGGAAUAUGUAGUUGACCUUAUUGGGGAACCAGGAAAUGUCCAUGAUCCGGAUUCCUCAAUCAACGGUGGAAAACAGUGUCAGGUUCCUUCACCUCUUCGAAUGAGUCAUCUUACAGAAUAUUCCAGGCCUUGCCUGCAUAUUACAUCUCCUUGUCAGGUUGUAGAGUCAAAGGCUUCGCGCGAUGUUUCUGAAAAUAUUAAACGUUCAGGGAGUCAAAGCCAUGUACACAAAGAAAACGAGUUGCCUGAUAUUACAACGGCCAUAUGUUGUGCUCAUGUUGAUCAAACUUGCUUCACUAAGACAUCAUCAGUCGUUUUGUCAGAGACAGUUCUUCGAGUUCUACCACUUGAUAUACCAAACCUUAUUGAAGACAAGAUAGCCUCACAAGAAACCUGCAAAGAAGAAAAUAUAUUAUUAGAAGAUACAAUUGAAAAAACUCCUAUCAAGCAGCCAAAGGGAGACUUAUCAGUUGAAGCAGAGAUAACAGAAGCUGACACUCGAAAAGAUAGAAAAGGCAGGUUACCUGUUGACGCCAUCUCACCCUACUUGAAUAUUGAGCCUUCUUUGGCAUCAGAUUGGCUGGAGGUCGCAUGGAAUGAACUCCAUAUCAAAGAGCGUGUGGGUGCUGGAUCAUUUGGAACUGUGCAUCGUGCUGAGUGGCAUGGAUCAGAUGUCGCUGUCAAGAUUUUGUCUAUACAAGACUUCCAUGAUGACCAAUUCAGAGAAUUUCUCAGAGAGGUUGCAAUAAUGAAACGUGUCCGUCACCCAAAUGUUGUUCUCUUCAUGGGUGCUGUGACAGAGCGACCCCGCUUGUCAAUAAUAACAGAAUAUUUACCGAGGGGUAGUCUUUUCCGCCUCAUCCAUAGGCCAGCUUCUGGGGAAUUACUAGAUCAGAGGAGGAGGCUACGUAUGGCAUUGGAUGUGGCCAAGGGGCUCAACUACCUACACUGUCUUAAUCCCCCUGUAGUGCAUUGGGACCUAAAAUCUCCAAAUCUAUUGGUUGAUAAGAACUGGACAGUGAAGGUUUGCGAUUUUGGGCUCUCAAGAUUUAAGGCAAACACUUUCAUACCAUCAAAAUCUGUUGCAGGAACACCUGAGUGGAUGGCUCCAGAGUUCCUUAGAGGAGAGCCGACAAACGAGAAAUCAGAUGUUUACAGCUUCGGAGUAGUCCUAUGGGAGUUGAUUACGUUGCAACAGCCUUGGAAUGGGCUCAGUCCUGCUCAGGUAGUUGGAGCAGUUGCAUUCCAGAACAGGCGGCUUAUAAUUCCUCCCAAUACCUCUCCGGUUUUGGUUUCCCUGAUGGAAGCUUGCUGGGCAGAUGAGCCGGCUCAACGGCCAGCAUUUAGUGGCAUAGUAGACACACUGAAGAAGCUACUAAAGUCUCCGGUGCAGCUGAUCCAAAUGGGCGGAGACAAAGGGGUAAAUCUAGCUAAAUCAGCUCCCAUUCUUUAGUUUAUAAACUUAACUCUUACGGUACUAACAUAAACACUGUAGGUGCUUUGCGUUGAUUAGCUCCUGAAUUUGAUUUUAAAUUAGAAAAGUCAAUGAGACGAGGCCUUGCCUGGAAGAAUGGAAGGCUCUCUUUUUUUUUUUCUUUGUGUUUUUGUUUGUAUAGUAAAGGUUUUUAUAUGCUCUUACUUGCGAGACAAUGAAUAAAACAUUAUGAGAUAUGGUUUCUUGAGGUUGGAGACCGUUGCAUUUGCUGUAAAUUUGCAAUCCAUGUAUGUUGAUUGGUAAAACAAAAGUAACAGAGAAAGUUCUUUAUACGUUA